GGUCAGGCUGAGUAGUUGAUGCUGGAUCGACGAGCAGCAGCGGUGGCGGCAGCGGCAGCUCCAGUCGGUUCAGUCCGUCGCUGCAGUCUGACAGAGCGGCUGCUCAUCAUCCUUCACUCCGGCAGUAUGUGGCUCUGAACUGACGGUGAACGGUGCAACCCGGGGCGGGUUACGUUACGACAGUGUAUCAUUCGUGGACAUGAGGACACCUGCUACAGCGACUGCUUCGAAAAGACGGACCGGGAAUCCUGACUGGCGUCGAUUUUCACCGAGCAAAUGAGAAAGAAUCGUCAUGACUAUUUUCCUGCUGACCAGUCACUCCUUCACUGAGGGACCUUGGCAUUUUUUGGUUUCUGGACUUACCAACGCGGGGAUGAGAUAAUAAAGUCAACCAGCCGGUGCAUGCUGCUACAACUCCACCUGUGGCACUUGUAAACCCACCCUACUCUGCCCCCCCCCCCCCCCCCCCCAACGCUUCCCCAGGUGAAGUUCAGUUCAGCAGUAGAAACAUGACGACGCCGGCUCUCCUGCCGCUGUCAGGCCGCAGGAUACCCACUCUGUCGCCGGGCGCCUCGUCCUUCCCGCACCACAGGGCUACGUUGAGGCUCUCCGAGAAGUUCAUCCUCCUCCUCAUUCUCAGUGCCUUCAUCACCUUAUGCUUCGGGGCCUUCUUUUUCCUCCCGGACAAUUCCAAGCACAAGCGCUUUGACCUAGGCUUGGAGGAUGUGCUCAUCCCCCACAUUGACUCACCCAAAGAGGGCAAGCAUGCCUCUGGACAAGUGGUCAUACAUGGACAAGGAGCACAUGAUGAGCACAGACACAGGGAGGAGGAGGAGAGCCUGCGGGACAAGAUACGGGCAGACCACGAGCGAGCGCUGCAGGAGGCAAAGGAGAAGCUGCGAAAGUCACGUGAGGACCUGCAGGCGGAGAUUCAGACAGAGAAGAACAAAGUUAUGGAGGACCUGAAAAAGAAGGACGUGGGCCCUAAACCCUUGCCACCUGUCCCCAUGCCCAAGGUGGUGGGCGUCAACGACGGCGAGCCGGUAGAGCCCGACGUCAAAGAGAAACGUGACAAGAUUCGAGAGAUGAUGAAGCAUGCGUGGGACAGCUACAGACAGUACGGCUGGGGUCACAAUGAGCUGAAGCCCCUCGCCAAGAAAGGACAUUCCACGAAUAUCUUUGGUAACUCCCAACUGGGUGCAACCAUUGUGGAUGCCUUAGACACCCUGUACAUCAUGGGUCUGCAUGACGAGUUCAAGGACGGCCAGGAGUGGAUCGAACAGAAUCUGGACUUCGGUGUGAAUGCUGAGGUGUCUGUGUUCGAGGUCAACAUUCGUUUCAUAGGAGGACUGCUGGCUGCCUACUACCUCUCUGGACAGGAGGUAUUCAAGCUGAAGGCGGUCCAGCUAGCUGAGAAGCUGCUUCCUGCCUUCAACACGCCCACAGGAAUCCCCUGGGCCAUGGUCAACCUUAAGAGUGGUGUUGGCCGUAACUGGGGUUGGGCGUCAGCUGGCAGCAGCAUCCUGGCUGAGUUUGGGACUCUCCACAUGGAGUUUGUUCACCUCACCUACCUGACAGGGAACCCCGCCUACUACCAGAAGGUGAUGCACAUCCGGAAGCUGCUAGCCAAAAUGGACCGCCCGAACGGGCUCUACCCGAACUACCUGAACCCCCGCACAGGCCGCUGGGGGCAACAUCAUACCUCAGUUGGAGGGCUGGGGGACAGUUUUUACGAGUACCUGCUGAAGGCAUGGCUCAUGUCGGACAAGACUGAUACGGAAGCCCGAAAGACUUACGAUGACGCCAUUGAGGCCAUCGAGCGCCACCUGAUCCGCAAAUCCAACGGCGGUCUGACGUUCAUCGGCGAAUGGAAGAAUGGCCACCUGGAGAGGAAGAUGGGCCACCUGGCCUGCUUCGCCGGAGGCAUGUUUGCUCUGGGCGCUGACGGCUCGCCCGACGACAAGGCCGGACACUACCUGCAGCUGGGUGCUGAGAUUGCACACACCUGCCACGAGUCAUACGACCGGACAGUGUUGAAGCUCGGCCCGGAGGCAUUUAAGUUCGACAGCGGCCUGGAGGCGGUGGCCGUACGGCAGAAUGAGAAGUACUACAUCCUGCGGCCGGAGGUCAUCGAGACCUACUGGUACAUGUGGAGGUUCACCCACGAUCCCAAGUAUCGGCAGUGGGGCUGGGAAGCAGCACAGGCCAUUGAUAAGUACUGCAGGGUGAGCGGAGGUUUCUCAGGGGUGAAGGACGUCUACUCUUCCAACCCAACCUACGACGACGUGCAGCAGAGCUUCUUCCUGGCCGAGACCCUCAACACGAACAUUCAACUCUAUCGAUGGCAGACACAGGAGCUUCCUCCUUCCGUAUGGUGUGACAUAUCGAGAACUCGGCCUUCUUGACAGAAGUCGUUGUCCACUCACCACGCAGUCUGCUCAGCUCCCAGCAUGGUUUCGCCUCCAGUUAUCGCUCCUGACACAACUGUCUCAGCCUGAGAGGUUUAUUACUCGAGUUGCACAGAUUGCACUGUCUAUAAAAACAUGUUUUGUUAGCAAACAGACGACUGUCCCCGGUGACAUUCAGUACAAAUACUCUGAACACUGAACAUUGGCUAAAGAGGUUACACCAUCAUUUCUAUGUUGCCUACUGAGAAUGAUUUUCAUGUUAAAAUCUUUUUGUUUUACUGGCCCAAAGUGGGGCUACUGAAUCUGUCAGGAUAAUUUCAGGUGAAUUCCCAACCCCAUUAAAAACCCUAAAUUUAGCAACUCCGACAGCAUAUUAGAACCAGGCCUGCUCCUCCUGUUUUAUUCAGUUUUCACACACUUGAAGUGAAGAGUAAUCAUUCAGAUUUAAAAGAUAACAGCAGAAUUAGCAGCUAUUUUCCACUUUUAUGUGGACAUGUGACCUCAAAAAAUAUGAUUUUAAUCAUCCAGCAUCAAAUUAAAACAAGUGCAACUAACAUUUUCUGUGAGUCAUGUUAAAUCUGUAGGUAAAUUUUUAACCAGGAGAGAGCCGCAGCAGCAGAGGGGAGGACAUCAUGUGGAGUAAAGACUAAUUAUACAUUAACCGAACCAACCAGCGUAACAUCUCUUCUGUUGUAAUGCAGGACUUUAAAGAGUCCCGUUAUGACCACAGAUUUCAUUAUAAAAUCUACUAAUCUACUUGGUUGUUAAAACCAGUGUCAACAUUUGUCUAUGAUACCCUAAAACAAGUCUGUCUAAUCCACCAUCAUUUAGUCAUGAUUUCCAACCAUUCUCUCUAUAAAAAAACACAUGUAGUUUAUUAAAAUACAGACAUUUGGCUUAAUGAUCGGGUCAGUAAUCCUGUGUGAGAGAGUCUGUGUUAAAUGCCAGGAUAUUUUCUCUCAGUGUGUCUGUGAGCUCAUUAAUAAGCCUGUUGGCUGCCAGUGUGUAUGAAAUGAAUCCCCAGUGUGUCCAAAACUACGUAUCAGCUUACUGGUUUAGGUGGAGGAGAAGGAAACUGAGAAGGGUUUGACUACUAAAGAUCAUUUUUUAUGCAGGCAUUAAAGCUGAAGAGCAGGAAUUGCACUAAACCAGGAAGAUAUUUUUUGUCUGUUUUUGACUUUGAUUCUUUUCAAGCCUUAUUGUCAAAUUCGAUGCUUCAGCCAAUACUGUGCUCUUUCACUUUGUAAUAUAUCGUUAUGAUAUAUAUUCAUUUUCAGUGUUUUUCUUUGCAUAAACAUUGUCUGACUUGCAGAAGUGUGAUGGUGUAAAACUGAAGUUAACAUCGGCUACAAGAGCAAAAGAUAACUGAUCAGAACUUCAAAAUGACCGUUUGUUUACUGUCCAGCCACACAACUCACAAGUUCUUCAUACGUGUCGAUGUGCUAACAGCUAUAUCCUCGUGUCCUGCUCAAACAUAAAUUUAGUUGACAAAAAAUGUCAUAGGCUAAAUUUAAAUUUGCCCUUGUUGGCUAGAAAAUCAGCUGCUCAUCUUUCAAUAAAGCCAUAGUGUGUAUGCAGGGGGGAAAGUGUGACGCUACUGCUAAGCAACAGCUCAGCAUACAUGCAUCUGUUUUUAGCAGGAGAUGAUCAUCAUCACUGACUGCAGGGAUGGAAAUGGGUAAGAGGUCAAAUGGAAGCGACUGAGAUAUUGUGAAGCUGUAGCUGCUGUCGUGACUCUUUACCUUUGCCUCAAAAUGCUGCUUAUGUAGAAUAACAUGAGCAGCAUUUUGACUAAUACAGGAAGAAGUGAAAUUAAUGCCAAACGAGCACAAAAUGUUGAGUCUAACAUGAAGAUGAGGCGAAAAUAAAUAUUUAAACUUCAAUCUGAAAUAUUUAGCUUCUGAUUGUUAAAGCAGUGUAGGAAGCCAUUACAAACUAUUUUCAAUUGCCAACUGUUUCAUUUGAACUUGUUAGAGACCAAACCUCUGGCUAAUGGUCAGGUCAAGAUUUGGUUGAGCUCAUGUUAAUUCAAACAACCUUCAACCAGUCUCCGUUCAAUACACGUUUUAUUUCCUCCACUCUUCUUCCCAUCAUCCAUCCAGUAUCAUCUCUACCUCCCUCUUUCAUCUGAACUCUAGUGGCAGGUGUCAUUAACAGCCCAUUGACGCAGUACAGUCUUGCCUCUCAGCCUCUGUCCCCCAGUCUCUGACAUCACACUGACAUCAUCACCACCUGUAUCUGAUAGGGAGGGAGCCCAGGAAAAAAAAAAAAACAACCUGAGCUGCCAUUGAGUCGCUGGGAGCGAUGUGGAUUUUGAAAAUUGAGUGUUCUGUAUUUGUAUUUUUACUGAACUAAAAAAAGUGAAAUUAAAGUAUCUGUAAAUAUGUUUAAAACUGAGACACAAAUUCAAUAAAGAUGUUAUGAAAAGUGAUCAGAAAU